CUCUACUCUCUUUUUUUUGUGAAUUUUUCUUUGUAUUUGAUCACCUAGACAAUUCUGUGAAGUUAAUAUGGGAGGUGCCCAAUUUGGUGACACAACUUAUACCAAGGUUUUUGUUGGAGGCUUAGCUUGGGAGACAAAGAAGGAGACCAUGAAGAAAUAUUUUGAGCAAUUUGGUGAGAUCUUGGAGGCUGUGGUUAUCUCUGAUAAGAUCACUGGGAGAUCUAAAGGAUAUGGAUUUGUUACCUUUAGGGAGGCUGAGGCUGCAACAAAAGCUUGUGUUGAUCCUUCACCGGUGAUCGAUGGAAGGAGGGCUAAUUGUAAUCUUGCUUCUCUUGGAGUUCAGAGAUCUAGACCCGCGAGUCCUCAAUAUGGAGGAGGCAGGGGCUUCAGGGCGAUGAAAUCUUAUGGGCCUGCAGGCCUUCAAGGUGGGAUGGGAACAGCUUUUGCUUCUGCUGCCACGUUCCCAGCUCAUUAUGCUCUCCAACAAGGGUUUCCUUAUGGUGUUUAUGGGUAUUCUCCAUUUGCUCCAGAUUACACAUAUCCUCAGAGCUAUUACAACGUGUAUGGCGGCGCUUCUGCUGCCCAGUUUCCAGUCUAUGGAGGAGUUUACCCUUACAUCGGGCAGUUCGGACAGGGAGGAGGCGCUGGCCAGUAUACCAGCGGGCAGAGUUACGGUGUUCAGUAUCCUCAGAUGUAUCAGUACUCGGCAAUGGCUUCGGCUGCUGGAGUCACUACAGGGUUUGCAGCUCAACACUAUGCAGGGCAUGUCAACCCCCAGGCCCAACUUGCUGCAGGCAUGACAAUGCCUUUUCCAGCUCCAUCUCUGCCAACUCCGACUCCCCACCAUUACAGGCUGAUUCCUCCUCCCUUCGCCGCUCCGGGGCCACCGGAGCAACCCUUGGCUUGACCGUGGUUUUCUCUCUCUAAGUUAAAAUAUUUCAUGUCCCAUGCAUUUUCUCUCACUAGCACCAAAAAAAAAAACAUAGUCCCUUGGUGUGGGCUACUAAAAUUUCCACAUUUUUCGCUUGGAAGCGUCUGACUCACGCUAUAGCCCGAUCGAAGUGUGAUGGCUAAUUAUCUCCUUCAAAUUUUAGCUCUAGGAUGAGCUAAAAAGGGUAUUUCUUCAAACAACCCCCUUUUCUUUUUCUUCUUUUUGACCUUAAACCUUGUAGCUUUAGCACAUCAUGCAUCAUUUAGUUAGUUUAGUAUAGCCAAUUACCAAUUCGAUCGAUCAUCGUAAUAAUCCACUUAGAUAGUUUCUUGUAAUCCUAGUCGGCUUACCCUGGGAAGGGUAAAGUUGUCUUCAACCAACUAACAACAUUUUGUUUAGUCAUUUAUUUGUUCCUUCAUUGUAUACAUGCAUCAUAAGGCUAAGGCUCUUAGGGGAGGUUUAGCCCUUGCUAAUUUACCCGCUAACUAACUAAAGGCAGGAUUAGAGGAGGCUAAUGUUUUGUUUUUGGCAUGUGGGCCCCUAACUCCUGUACGUCCCUAACUUGAAGGUAACUCCUUGGAUGGCUUUGGAGUUUUUACCUCGCUCACCCUUUGGCCCCUUGGGAGAUAUUUUGGUUCUCUAGGGUCCCUUCGUCACUAGCUGUUUUUUAGCUCUUCAUGUUUUAACUCUACCAUGGUUAGGUCCAAGGGUCUCUCUCUCUCUCUCUCUCUCUCUCUCAUAAAAAAAAACAAAAAUUGUCAUGGUAUCUUCAGAGACUUUGGUGCUGUUAUAUUGCACAGUGUGAAGAUUCAGAAUGUAAUAACUGGUACUUAUGCUACAAUAUUAGUGAGACUCUCUAAGCUCAGCUAGAUGCUGCUGAACUGUAAGCUGGCUAAUUUGUUGUUAGUAUUAAUUUUCUAGUACUAGAUGCUCAUUUUGUGGGCUAUAUUCAGUAUUUGCUUCAAUCCAA